AUGGAAAAUCAUUACUAUCGCUCUUUCCUAAGAUGGAAACUACAGCAAUAUCUAUCCGAUGCCGGGUUCUUAGCAUUGAAUGAUUUAGAAUCGAAGUAUGGUAUUAAAUGCCCGAAAUUAUCGAAAUUACGAGAACUUCGAAAAGCCUAUUCAGAAUGGAUCCCUUUAAGAACAACAACGUGGGGAUCGUACAUGCAUGUCAAACAUGCAAUCACAUUACUGACGGAGAUUAAUCCCGAAAUACUGGAUAAUUUAAAAGACAAACACACAUUACAUUUUCGUCUGUGUCAAGAUGGCACGUGGUUUGGCCGAUACCUAAACUGUAUAGUAUCGGCAUUGGGUUGGGUGGAUGCUGGUGAACAUUCUCAAAACGCAUUUAGUUUGAUUCCAUUAUCCUAUGUUAGCGUGACUAAAGAAAAUCGUGAUAAUGUUGAACAAGCGUUAACGACAGAAUUCAUCAACAUGUUCAAGCCAGGACAAGUGAUGGAAAUUCGUGGUGUGGAAUACAAUAUUCUAUUUUCCUAUUCAGCUGAUUAUAAAAUGGUAGCACAAGUUAUGGGUCUAGCAGGUCCAUGCUCAGAUCAUUUUUGCAAUUGGUGUAGAACUAAAAAACUAAAAUUAUCGGGUAUGAGAAAAUUGGUGUACGAAAACGGUUUUGGUAAUAAUGUAGCAUUUUGUAUUACAGACAAACUACAAAAACACAGUUACAAGAGUUAUGAUGACAAGGAUAAAGCAGCUGAGGAAGAAAAUAUUAAAAAUUAUGAUCAAGUAAUACUAUAA